AUGACGACACGGACCAGCCUGACGGAGUCCGAGCUCUCGGAGGAUGAGCUGGAGCUGGGGGGCAUCCCGCUAUGCGCGGGCGAAGACAGCAGCGGUGAGGGAGGGCGCAAGAUGUCCCCCCCAGGCGGGAGCGAGGGCUCGUCGGCCGGCUGCCCGAGCGAGCCCGAGGAGGCCCGGGCUGGGAAGAGGCGGAGCCGACCGGCGCGCUCCAAGGCCAGGCGGGUGGCGGCCAAUGUGCGCGAGCGAAAGCGCAUCCUGGACUACAACCAGGCCUUCAACGCGCUCCGCACAGCGCUCAAGCACGACCUGAGCGGCAAGCGGCUGUCCAAGAUCGCCACGCUGCGCCGCGCCAUCAACCGCAUCUCCUCGCUGUCCGUCUUCCUGCGCGCCAACCCCGGCGGGCCCCCGCGCCGCCCCUGCGGCCAUGCUGAGUGCCACGGGCUGCUGCCGGAGCCGGGCUGCGAGCCGGGGAAGGACCGCGGCUUCCAGGCGCCGGGGGAGAGCUACCCUCAGACGCCCGGCCUCCAGAUCCACAGCCACGCCCACAGCCACAGCCACAGCCACACCUACCCCCUGGAGCAGCAGCUGUACUCGGACUCCCCAGGCCACCUGGCCCCGGCAGGGCCUCCCUCCCCACACUACCCCCAUUACUCACCCGACGCCCAGCUCUACGCGCCCCACGACCGCUAUAGCCCGCCCCUGUAUGGGGGGGGCAUGGGGUACCAGUUCGGCGUGAGGGCCUCCUGCCACCAGAGCCCCAUGGACACCUUCUCAGACUGCCCCCCCGGGCGCCCCCUCACCUGGCAGCUGAGUUACCUGCAGGGGGGGUCGGGGUACCAGCAGUCUCUCUCCAUGCACUGA